AUGGGUCUCAUUCGGGCACGGCAAACCCAGGCCUGGUGCUUCCAGGUGUUCCAUUUGGAGCGCAGGAACUCCGCCCAGGCGAUUGGGCGCGAUUUAUCAUCACUCGACUUCACAAACGCGAAACGUGGUGAUGUCCCUAGCGUCGAGACCCUGAAGAAGAUGGUGAAGAUGGAUCUGCAACGCGAGUUCAUGGUUCGACACGGGCGGCUCUGGAACACCAGAAGCAUGAUUGCAAAGCUCAACGAAGGCUCUGAAAAGGUGGAGACUGCUGUUUGUUUUGUGGUCGGCACUAUUAGCUACGGCGAUGAUGGUUAUGACAGUAAAUGCAGCUUCUAUGCCCCCCCCCCCGCCCUGACUACUGAGACCCCUGAGGGUCCUAGCGAGAUCGAGAAGAUUCACAGUAUCUUUCAGCAAAUGAGUACAGAGUUGGAGGUAGUAAAGGCGGCCAUCAGUGAUCUCAACAAGUACACAGGAAAAACUAUGGAUGAAUUACUUCACACCCACGACAUCACUUAUAUUCCCGAUAUGCAAGCCCACAGCGACCUUUUCACACAAGGUCAAGAUGCAGAGCGUGCUCUGGCAGAAGCAAUGGUCACUCACAACACUUCAGUGCAGAACAUAGGAAAUAAGAUCGAAAAGCUGGUUGAUCGGGAGACAAACGAGACGGAGCAGCGGCGCCGACGUAAGGUGCCCCGAAAACCUCGCCCUGUUCGGAGCUAUUAG